CGCCGGGCUCCGCGGCGCCCUGAGCCCCGCGGCCCCGCGUCCGGCUGGCGGGCGGCGCCGCGAUGCCCGGCGGCGGCAGCAGGGCCCCGACGUAGCGCGGCGGCGCGGCAGCCCGGUCCCGCGGGCGGAGGAUGGCGUGUCGCGGCGCCUGCUGCUGCUCCAGCGCGGGUCGCCUCAACGCGGACAACGCGCGGUUCCUCCUGCUGGCGGUGCUGAUCGUGCUGUACAUGCUGUGCGGCGCCGCCGUCUUCUCGGCCAUCGAGCUGCCCACGGAGCGGGAGGCUAAGGAGCGCUGGGAGGAACGCCUGGAGAACUUCACCCGGCGCCACAACCUCAGCCGUGCCGAACUCCGGCACUUCCUCCGGGAAUACGAGGAGGCUAGCGUGGCCGGCAUCCGCGUCGAUGACAUCCGGCCCCGAUGGGAUUUCACCGGCGCUUUCUACUUCGUGGGCACCGUCGUUUCUACUAUCGGCCGCUGGAAGUUGGAGGGGAUCUCUGGAGCUUGUCUGGCACAACCCCCAUACUCCAAGCAGGGAUUUGGUAUGACCACCCCAGCCACCGUUGGAGGCAAAAUUUUUCUGAUAUUUUACGGCCUUAUAGGAUGUGCAGGGACCAUUUUGUUCUUUAACCUGUUCCUGGAGCGCUUGAUCACUGUCAUAGCUUACGUCAUGAAGUCCUGCCACGAAAGACAGCUGAGGAGGAAGGGGGUUCUCCCUCACAACGGCCGGCGGGGCUCAGGGACCUCUGAGGUGGACAGCCUGGCGGGCUGGAAGCCCUCUGUGUACUAUGUAAUGCUGAUUUUAUGUGUAGCAUCCCUCAUCAUUUCCUGCUGUGCCUCUGCAAUGUACACACCAAUUGAAGGGUGGAGUUACUUUGACUCACUUUACUUCUGCUUUGUGGCCUUCAGCACCAUUGGUUUUGGUGAUCUGGUCAGUAGCCAAAACAUCAGGUAUGAGAGCCAAGGCCUUUACCGCUUUGGCAACUUUGUCUUCAUACUCAUGGGGGUGUGCUGCAUCUAUUCCUUAUUUAAUGUGAUCUCUAUUGUCAUCAAGCAAUCCAUUAACUGGAUAUUAAAGAAAUUGGCCUGCAAGUGCUGCCACAGGUGCCAAAGAAGAUUAUUUCAUUCACGGAGGAACGUGGUGAUGCCAGGAAAUGUGCGCAGCCGGAGAAAUAUCUCCAUCGAGACUGACGGUGUCAAUGAGAGCGACACGGACGGACGCCGUCUGUCAGGGGAGAUGAUCUCCAUGAAAGACUUCCUGGCCUCCAAUAAAGUCUCACUGGCCAUCAUGCAGAAACAGCUGUCAGAAACUGCUAAUGGGUAUCCGAGGCAAAUGAGCUCUAACUCUAAGCAAAAUGGAUUCUCUGGUGGGGUUGGAGCCCUAGCAAUUAUGAAUAACAGACUGGCAGAGACAAGUGUGGAUAGAUAAAAUAAUGACAGUAAUAACAGUGAAACAGUUACCAUUUAAUAACAGUGGUUAUUAAAUGUAAUAACAGUGAACCAUUUCAACAGGUAUUGAAACAACAUGAGUCAAGGGAAAUAGCUAGGGAGAGAGCACCACCUGAGGGUGGGAUCAUGUGAAGAGCAUACCUCCUAAUGGAAGACCUCUUGACUUUUUGGGGGGCUGUCACUUCAUGUUUUUGUGUUGUACCAGUCCCAGCCUUUCUUCUUCCCCAUCACUCUGCUCCUCAAGCAGGUUACUGCAGGAGGAUUUUAAUUUAGCCUUCAGAUAAAAUUUCUGGGUCCUGUUCUUCUCCAUUAUGUGACAUACAGAUUUCAGGAUAAGAAAUCUGUGGGAUGAGAAGAAACCAAGUGUGUCUACUGAACACAUUCUUUAUUCAGAGAUUGUUUGGAGCUCUCUGUCUUACUCUCAUCAUGCCUGUUUCCUGGAAGUGACUUAUCUGAGACCAAAAGAUGAAUCAGCUUUUGUGAUAGUGCAGAUCUAACUUAAUGGAAAAUAGUAUGAAAGUGGGUAGGUAUAUUCUGGAGCUAUUGUAAUGUGAAUGGGGAGAGAAUUUUGCCUUUAGAAUUUAUUUAGUCUUUCCUAUAAUAGGAUACUGUCAAAAGUGAUAGAAUAAAAACUUAUCUUACUUUUGUUUUCUUCAUUUUCAAAACACGAUUCUUUUCCAAGGAUACUUUUUCUUCUAGAGUUGAAUCACUGUGGCUUUCUGCUUCAAAAAUGUAAAAUUAAAUUGAAAAUUGACAUACUGAUGAGUGGUAUGAAUUAUUCCACAAUAGCAAUCAAAGACUUUCCAAAUUUCUGUUCAUAUUUGCCUCAAUUGUGACUGAAGCAUCAGCAUCUGUAAUGCAACCAGUUACUGAGUUUACACAACAGGCUUUAGUAUGCAAUUAGAUUGCCAUGCCAGCAUCCAGAGUGUUAUUAUGAAUGACUGUGAUCACAGAAUCACUUUGGCAGUGUCCUUUUUCUCUUUCGUGUAACUCUGUCAUUCUUCAUCUAUUUCUCUGGCUUUCAGUGAUAGUAAUGACAGUGUCUUGAUUAGAGAAAUAGAAAAUGUUUUAAUUCCUUGUUUUCUCAAUGAAAUGCCCUGAGUGCUCAUUAUGACUAGAAGGGAAAUUUCAAUGAGAAGAAUAAUAACAGUGAGAAGAUCAUGAAAACAGGAAAAGAAGUGAUCUUUAAUGACAGUGAAAUCAUCCUUUGUAUUAGGUAGCUAGAGAAAUAAGGAAUUAAAUUAACAUAAAAUCUAGCAAGAAUUUAAGGAAGACUGGGCUGAAUUCCUGGGCUAAACAAUAUACAAGGGUGUAAAUAAGCAGAACUGGUCACAAAGGACCCCAUCCCUGGAAAGAGUAGUAUAUGCAUCAGGACUAAAUAUUUUCUCACAGCUGGAAAGCCUUUCAGAAUACUGCAAUAUUAGGAAAUUUAGAACAUCAUUAUGUAGUUCUCUCAUACGAACAAUGAAGAUAGCCUCUUCAGUUUAAUUUGUAUUAGGAGUUAAUUAUUUUUCUUCAUUCUGGCCUAAAGUUCUUUUACUUAGGUUUCUAAUAUUGUAGAACAACAUUUUAAUACUAAUUGUAUCAAUAUUUGAAUUUGAAAACAAAAGCUUGAAAUCCUUUAGUAUAAUAAGCUAACCCAAGAUAUUCAACAAAUGUACUUAACUAGUUGUUAAGUACAUUUGCAAGCUCUUUUGACAUCAUUAGGGGUAAAAAUCCUGAUUUAAAGUCAAAUCCUGCUGUUCUUAGUUACAAGGAAAGCUUCAAACUGAAGUUAUCAGUCCAAAUUCUGAUAUAUGUCAACUAAUCUGUGCAGCAAUGGAAUAGUCUUAACAGUAUCCCUUCACAUUUGCAUCCAUCUAAAAUCUGAAUCAGCUUCCCAACCUAACUUUUGCGAGAAAUGCAGUUUUAUUCGGUUUUUUUGGGGGGGUUAUGUAUUAGCAAAAGUUGCUACUGAGCUAUUUAAGAUGAAAUUAUAAUACCUAAGAUCCAUUACACUGUUACACUUUUCUUUUUUUAAAUCCCAAGGCCUUCUUUGUCUUAAUCUCACUGAAUAAAAAUACUUGGCUAUAAAAACAGAGAAGUACUGCUCUGUAGCGUUCUUUCCAAAUUCAUUCAGAAACAUCUCUGUUCACUGCCUGUAAGCCUAAGACCUCAUUGUUAUCAAUGUAUUCCUCUGCCAACUAGCAGAAAUAGUAUAGGACUUAACCCAUUGCUUCAGCAAUCAAGAGGGUCUUAGAUGGUUUCAAGACAUGAGACAGUUGUGUUGCUCUGUUCCAUUCUUUCUGGUAACCGGUCUCUCAUCAGCACAGAGGAAUCUUUGUCAGCUAUUUUCAGUAGGUCUGAAAACAUCUAUGGUUAUGAAAACAAGGGACUAAUAAAUAGUCUUAUCCAAGAGACUUGGCAAGGCUGUGAAGGAUCUUUGGUGUACACUAGCUCUGUUUUCAUUGAUCAGCCCUGACCUUCUGCUUACUCAAGCACUGCCUUCCUCAUGGCCCAAGCCUGCCAGGUGCAAGACCUCUGCACUGGUUUUGUGGUUGGAUUUCAUGUCCCCUGAAGGUAAUGAGGGAAUAGCUGCAUGAAUAAUCUCUAUACAGAUGUCAAUUGCCAGAGAUGAAGGACCAGCAUAUUGUGUCCCUGUGCCAUCUUGUACCAUGAUGUCAUCCUGUCCCUAAGAGACCUCUCUGACUUUGUCAUUGAGUUCCCCUUACAGCAGCCACACUCAACAUUGGAUGAGGUAACUUUGCAAAGGAGACUGUAGAAUUCUUAGAGAAUAUCUGUGGAUAAAUAAGACUUUUAAGAUCAGAGAGAGAAAUUUCUGGCUACGGUCCCAUGGUACUACUACAAUUGUUUUACUAAAGGCCUUGAAGAUAGAAAUCCCCAAAAGCUCUGAUUAUAAUGAGCUAUAAUAUUAUAGUUUAAUAUCAAGAUAUUAAAUUUAAUAAAUAUAUUAAAGAUAAUAAAACAAGUGGCGAUACAGAUGUACACAUACCAAAAAAAGAGCAUAAUUUAACACAGUAGUGACAAAUGCCCAUCCUCUGUGAAAAGUAAAUUACAAUAAAAAUACAGAUAACAUCACAUUUCUUGCAUUACUGUUUAAAGUAGCAAUGAGGAAUUAAAGGAGAUAGUCAGGGAUCUAUUUUCAAAACUGUGCAAAUUUUCAUGCCAUAUUUCUUAAUACUAAAAUCUCAGUCAACAAGACAGAAACCUGUUUUCAAAAGUACUGAGUUUCUCUGUUGCCUGCUGUGAAGUUUCAUGGUGGCUAUUGAGAUAUAGGAGUGAGGUUUUUAAGGCAAAAGUGCUUGGGAGAAAACCUUGGAUUCACUGAGAUUCUGAAUCUGCACUUUAAAAGGUCGGGAGUACCACUGAAAUCAAUGAGUUAAACUUCAGAUUGCAGCCUGCCAGGCCGAAACUAAAAGUCCUUAAUGGAGUAAUCUGCUGAAAUGUAACCUUAUAGUUAUGCCACAACUUAAUAAUAUCAUUAUUGAACAGUAUAAUUAUUUUGCAUUGAAAGGAAAUAUCUAGUGCUAACCAAAAUACAAUCAAAUAAAAGUAGAGGUAGCUCUUGGAGUUUUCUUGCUAGUUUAGUAAAAUGUGUGCAUCAGGCCCUUUGCUGGUAGGUGGGUGUGAAAGCAGUUACAUUCAUUUAUCUCCAUGAAGGACAUGGGCUGCUUUUUUCAAGGGCAUGAAUAGACUCUUCAAAGGCAUUUAGUUCCUGCUGGAAGUCAAUUAACUUCCCACCACACACAGACUUUCAGUGGAAGUCAGGUACCUGAUUCCCUUAGGCAAUUUUAGAACCCCAGCCAUGUAUUAGGUUUUGAAUCUAAGAUGACCUGACAGCGUCCCUGAAAAGUUCAAACAGUUGGAGCAAAGUUUCAGUGCUGCAGCACUCUAAUAGCUGAAUUAAUUUAUCUAAAAGCAUUUUAUCGUGAAAGCUUUGCAUCAACCAAAUAACACAAAUGAUGUUUACAUUUUGUUUGAUUUAAUCUUGGCCUCUGUCAGUUUUAAUUAUAUUUGACACAUUUACAAAUUGAAGAACAAAGAGAAGGUUGGGCUAGGCAUAAAAAACAAAGCAGCUUCAUUUCUCCAACUGAAUUGAUCAAGAGAAAGAGGUUAGGUUGGGAAAAGAGCUUCUUGAUUAAUAUUAUAUUUGAAUAAACUUUAUCUGGAGGUGGAGGGUAUUAAGUUGUUUGGAUGACUCCUCUCAACAGCUGUGGAAGUGGAACUCUUUGUGUGACCCCCUGAUAUCCCUACUCUGGGAACAGAAGCUGAGUGAGCCUUAGCUUAGAGAGGGGUCAGCAUUUCCAAGCAAUGCAGUUGGAAUCUUCUGUUGUUUUAAUUCAGGCCACUAACACUGGGCUAACACAGCACUUUCUUAGAUUCAUCAAGAAGUAGUAAAGUUAUUUUAUCUAAUUUCAUGUACAAGCUGUGGAGAAUCACCAAGUGUUUUCUUUCCCCUGGGCAGAAAAUACUGCCAAAUACACAAGUACAAUGUGUCUGAGAAUGUUCACAGUACUUUUUUGCUUAAUCCAGGAAAUAAGAAUAUAAUCCCUUCCCUACUCCUUAUUUUCCAAACAUCUACUGGCAUUGGCAACAAUAUCUGCUCAAAACUCUGCUUAUUACUUAAAAGGUCACAUUUCAUUAAGAAAAUUAAAGCCAUUGUUCAUCGAGGUGGACCAACAUAGUCUUAUUUUUUAUUAGAUUUAAGAGAAAAUGUGAACACAAAGACACUUCACAUCCAAGUAGUCAGAAGCUUUUUGAUAUAGUCUGUGUUUAUAGAGCUGUUUUGUGUCAAACCACACAAAAACCACAAGACUGCAGACUUAUAAGAGCAUAAGUAAGAAUAACCUUAUAGAAUAAAUACACUAUGUUGUAUUUUGGAUUUUUGCAGUUUCACUCUAAUAUAUGUCUUCAGUUUUCAUUAUUUGAAAUUAUUUGUGAUAACAGAAUAAAUUUAAAUUUGCAAAGAUUUUGAGAGGCACAGUAGUGAGAUAUGUUUUAAAUGAAAUAUUAUUCUCCACAGGCUGUCUAGCUUUCUACAAAGGGGAAGUUUGAUGAAAGGCAGAAUCAACUCUUUCCAAGCAAGGAUGCAAUUUCUGGACUCAAAUGGAUUUCCUAUUAGGUACAUACAGAAGCUCCCAGAGGGGCAAGAUGGCUUUGUUUUCACAAAUGUUAUCUUUCAAAAUGCUUUUCAAAGCUAUUCCCCCUUUUAAAGCCAUAGAAAACUGUCAGUGUUUUCAGUUUGUCUUAUCUGAGAAAACUUCACCUUGCUUUUUUCAUAUCUUUAGAAGAAAAAUAUGCACAUGAAGAAAAAUGAAAAUGACCUUACAUAACCUUUACAUGUAUUGCUUGGACCUGCAGAAAUCCUCCUCUUUAUCCUAAAUAAGUUUACAUCAGAGUAAUUUCUCCAGCUCACCAAAGAGUUUUGGUCUUAUUAGUCAGUAGUCACAGCUCAAAUGAAAAGAACCUUUAAGUUGUAUUUGUUCAUCUGUUAAAUGAGGUCUGAGCAGUGGGUGCUCAUUGUUCAUCUGUUAAAUGAGGUCUGAGCAGUGGGUGCUGUUCUAAGUUUGUUAGCAUCCAAAAGGCUGGAAUUACCAUUGUUCUCAUCUCUGCAAUGGUCAGGGAGACACUGAGUUGUGUCCAGAAGAGUCCUUAGUGCUGCAGUAGCAGCAAUUGCUGGCCAUUAACCUCUGGGUGUCCUGCUGUCUGCACUUAGUGCCCAGGGCCAGAACUAGACAGAGAGAAUGCUGUCCAGAACCACCAUUUCAGAGAUGCACAGAAUAAUUUGCUCUGGAUGCCAGUCUGUCACCCUUUUCCAAAGCAGGCCUAGCUAGUUCCUGCCCAUCUGUAAUUUCUGGGUGAUGCUUCUUCAGCACUGUUGACAGUGUACUCACUGAACAACAUCCCUACCAAGAGAAAGUGACAGACCUUCCUCUGCACUAUCGCAUUUGGGCAAAUACUUGGCUCUAAGUUAAACAAAUUUCUUUGUAAAUAGCAUCCAGACUGGUGCUUUUCUCAGCCUCAUGCUUAGCAGAUGGGUAUUUUGAUCCCUAGGUAUCAUUGUCGUUGGCGAUCUUAUUUGAGAUGGCAGGGACUGAAAAGGUCAGACUGUCUGCCCUAGGCUCCUAGGCAGGGGUAUUACUCUUUUGGCAAGCAACCCAUGGCACUUUGGCUCUACACAUUGGAUGUGGCUGGAUUCUCACUCAAGAAUGGAUUCUGCUCUGCUGAAAUCAAUGGAGACUUUGCUUCUGGAUUCUGGAUUUAUCUGGCAUUUUGUACAAGAAUUAAUUUCACUUUGCAAAAUAAUCCAAAGAAAUGUGGCUAUCCUUUUGCUUUGCUUUUACCAACAACUGUGCAAAUGCUAAUUCUACUCAUGCAGCGCUGUGUUCUGCAAUAAGUUACUGCCCAGGAACCAUUUUUUGGUCUACAAAAUAAUCAUCUACUUCUAAAGAAGCCCAAUUUAAAAUUUAAAGUACCCAGAUUAUUAUCUCUAAGAAUUGUUUAUCUGCUGAAAAAAUUCUAGAAUUCUAACAAAUAAUAUAUUUUGCAUGAAAAUUUCUGCAGUUUUGCAAGGGUAAAGAAAGGAAAAGUUGCUCUGUGCUGACUGCUUGUGUCAGCUUGUUCUUUCCCUCAGCUUUCUGCUCUCAGUCCACACCUGCAGGACCCUUCUCUCUCUUUUUUUUUUAUUUUCCAUUUAUCUUUUUUCUUAGUUCAUCAAAUUCUUCUGUUAGCCAAAUAUAUCAUGGUAUAUGUACCACACAAAGCAAGUCAGGAGGAAAAGCAAGCGAGGCACAGAGAGUUCUGAAUGCCCCAUCAGCUGACAAGGUGUCAAACAGAGCUUACACCUCCUCAGAUUGCAGCAUAGAUGCAAAGGGUAAACAACAAGUGUUGUGAUAUUUUAGCAUCUCUAAAAAAAAAGAUCCCUUUAAUAUGCCAGGAUUUUAACUUCUUUGUUCAUGGUUCUAUCCUUGCCUUUCGCUCUUUUACCUUCUUUGAAUGCCUAAGGCUUUAAGGCCCUGUGCAUGAACAACAGAAGCUACAGAAAUGUUUCACCCUAUUUGCAGAAGAUUUGGUCCGUGUUUGGCAUCAUGUAAUAGGUCUGUGCAAUAGCAGGAAUCCACAAACCACAGCCCAUGACAAUAAGAAAAUGGAGAAUUUUGUCCUGCUUCUAAUGAGUUUCCAGUGUUAGAGAUUUCACAGUUGUCCCAGGCAACCUAUUGCAAACCUAUUGCAGAGCAUCUUAAUUUUAAACAUUUUCCUGGGCACUAAAUUUAUCUCUCCCUUGCUACAGCUGAGACACAUUUUUUGCAUUUGAACCCUGCUGAAUAUGGAGAACAGAAUAUUGCCUUCCUUUUUGAAAGGAAGGUAUUUUUUUUACAAUAUCUCAUCUCAGUCUUUGCUAUCUCAGGCCAGAAAUAUCCCCUUCCUUAUGUGACAUUUUCUACCAUUGCUCUACCGUGCUCCAGAUUGUGAUUCAUCUCUUGGUCACUUUUCCUUUCAAGUACAGUGCUCAAAAUGAGAUACAGACAGAGAAAAUAUAUCGUUAAUAGAGCAUGGAGCAGCACAAUUAUUUUCCUCAUCUUACUUACCUAUCCCGUUCCUGUGUCUGGACUGGUGCUUGCUAUUUUAAAACACUGUUGAUUCAGCUUCAGUUUUUCAUAUAAUAUCAAUGCCAAAUUCUUUUUUUCAAAACUGUUACCUAAACUAUAGUGCUUCCAUUUAUGCAGGUGAUUAUUCCGAUAUACCAUUUUUCAUGGAUUGUUACUGAGUUUUUUCUGGUUUUUCCAGAUCACUUUCCCAUAUGCAUAUCAGUUUGAAUCCUAGUCUUUCAGCAUCUUUUCCACCAUGAAUGCCUGGAAUCAUCUUCAGACCUAAAAUUGUGUCCUGUAUUCCAUCAUCCAAGUUAGUAAUAAAAACAAUGACUCACUAUUUUUGCAAAACCGAGUCGAUACUUUCUUCCUGUUUUAAACAAAUCUAUUGGUCUCUACCUACUGUUGUGUGAACACUGUUUCCCAAUCAAUUUUACACUCAUUUGGUGUUAGUUUCAUCAAGUGUAAAACACAGUAAGCUGCAGUUGCAAUAUUUUUAUUCCUGGCUGUCAGA